AUGGUGAGUGGGAGGGUUUUCAUCUGCUACUACGGGAGCUGGGCUGUUUACCGGCCUGGAGAUGGGAAAUUCGACGUUGAGCAGAUCGACCCGACUCUCUGCACUCACCUCGUCUAUGCAUUUGCCGGGGUCGGCCAAGAUAACAAAAUCAAGGUGCUCGAUCCAUGGAAUGAAAUCGUCGACUCGUCUGGCUCCGGGAAAGGACUUAAAAUCAGAAGCGAAAAGAUGGAACUGGUGAUUUUGCUCCUCUCGGCUUUCUUUUCCAUCAUGGUCGAGAAACAAGCGAUGGUGAGUGGGAAGGUUAUCGUGUGCUACUACGGGAGCUGGGCUGUUUACCGGCCUGGAGAUGGGAAAUUUGACGUUGAGCAGAUCGACCCGACUUUCUGCACUCACCUCGUCUAUGCAUUUGCCGGGGUCGGCCAAGAUAACAAAAUCAAGGUGCUCGAUCCAUGGAAUGAAAUCGUUGACUCGUCUGGCUCCGGGAAAGAUGCAUUCCGACGAUUCAACGCUCUGAAGAGCAAGAGCCCGGGACUUAAAACUCUCUUGGCCGUCGGAGGAUGGAAUGAGGGAUCAACCAGCUUUUCCCAGAUGUCAGCAGAUGCGGGGAGACGAGCGACAUUCGUGGCAAGCUGCGUGGAUCUCCUCAAGCAAUACGGAUUCGACGGACUGGACAUGGACUGGGAAUACCCGGCCAAUAGAGGAGGCAGCGCCGCCGACAAGGGGAACUUCGUGCAGCUGCUUAGAGAUCUGAAGGCAGCUUUCAGGCCAUACGGGUUCCUCUUGACAGCUGCUGUUUCUGCCGGGAAGAACACCAUCGACACCGCCUAUGACGUCCCGGGCAUGUCUCAGUAAGAAUGGUCUUUUCUAUUCUGUU